AUGGUCAUGCAAAGGACGAAAUUCCCCGAUCUUCCGGGAUCCAGCCCAUCAGAUUUGCCUUCGAGGAUACAUUCGUCCAAGGAAGAUCAGCGACGGGCGCGCAAUCGACAGGCACAACGCAAUCACCGUAAAUCUGUGAAAGAGAAGUUGCAGGAGUAUGAACGACUGCGAGGAGAAAACCAAGUCGACAAGCACCCUGUCAAUGUGUCGGAACAAGGAUCUGAGCACGCAGUACAUCCGACGUCGACACUGUCCACACCGCCUCUUAACCAGGAGUACAAUGAGCCCGCGACAGAUCUCAGAUCCUCCGUCACUCUAGAGCCAACGAUUCACUUCCUGGAAGAUGAAGGGCCCUUGCUAUCAGUGGACGAUAUUGACCCGCUCAGCUGGGAGUGGAACUACCUCUCACCGGAGUGUGAGAUGCCACAUAAAAAUGCAACACAAGAUCAGAAUCCACCCACUCGUAGUAUCGGCUCGAGAGCACUCUCGGAACACUCAUCCGAGGUACCCGGCAGAACCCUUCUACAUCAAGCCGUACUUGGUGAUAACGUGGGCAUGAUCUCUGCUUUGCUGGAACACGGGGCAAAUGUAAUGGCGCAGGAUGGGGAUGGCUUCACCCCGCUCCAUCUAGCCGCUUUUCGAGGAAACGAACAAUCGGCUAGCAUCCUGUUGAGGAAUGGUGCUGCAGCAAGUGUUUGCAUCCCUUCCGGGGCCGGUUUAACACCAAUCCAUUUAGCCGUACAGAACGGACACGUCCCAUUAGUGCAGCUAUUAAUCAAACAUGGAGCGGAUGUGAAUGCUCGGUAUUGA